UUUUAACAGGUUGAAACAGCCCCGACGUCUGCUGUUGUCUCAGGGUACUGCUGGUGAGACGAAGAACGGUCUGUAGUGUGUGGCUGUUGACACUGGAAACAUGAGUGCCUCUCAUCAAACCAUGAUGGAUUCUAAUAAGAAGGACUUUAAAGGACCAAACAUAUUUAUUAGAGCUGCAGUCCGCACCUUCGAAGGGUGCUUUGUUCUCUGGUUGGCGCGCUGGAUAUCAGAUUUGACAACGCCAUCUCUUAAAUGUUUGGUUCACAUCCACUCUGAUAACUUGUACAGGGCAAACGUUACAGUAAUGUGCGUGCUAAUUAUUGCCUUUUUCCUCUGGCUGUUUGAAGCUCUAGAUAAACUGGAAGAGAAGGAGCGUAUUAUGAGCAAUAACAACAAAACCCUUUUUAUAAACAUGUCGGGAAACAGAACUGUUUCUUUACACAUCAAUCAGGAACAACUGCAAUCCAUCAUGCAGCAACUUCAGCAAAACACAAGGCAAUGGUAACACCGACGUGGGGCUUUUGUUCCGGCUUGUGUUUUCAAGGUUAAAACAAAUUGUCCAUUCUACUUUAUUUUUUAUCAACAUAUUGCUUUCAAGAACUGAAUUGGCCGAUUGUUCUCUAGAGCUUUGGUUUUCUGAUUGUAAUCUGAAUUGAAGAUUGUUCAUGAAUAAUUGGUCUUGAAAAAAAAAAGAAAUCUAUUAGCUUAUUUUCAAUGGUAAAUUUAUGAUAACCGUAGUAUCACCAACAAACUCAAGAUCGCAUGUUAAUUUUAUUUUAUACCUCACUGUUUAUUAUAGUUUUCCUUUCUAAACUAUAUUUAGCUCAGACAAUAUUGAGAAUUUCUUUUUUUAAAUAACAUAACAUUUUCUCAUGUAAAUAACAUCACAAUUGCUUAUUUAAAGAACAUCACAAUUUCUCAUUUAAAAUCUCAAAAUGUAUAAAAUUCAACAUUAUGAAUUUCCUACUUAGUUUUUAUCACAGUAGGCCUGCUUUUAAAAUGUUUAAAUAUUCUUUUUUUAAAAGUAAAGUUGAUUUAUUUUAAUUUUGUUGUAAUGUAAACCUAUAAUUUUUAUGAAGUUCUUCUUUUACUACCUGCUAUACCAUAUGUAAUUUUUCCCGUUGAAACAGAAAAAAUGGCAAUAAAUAUAAUUAGCUUUCAA